UGGGUUCACAAACACAACGAGAGAGGCGCAAUAUGCUGAGCAGUAGAGUGGAGGAAAGAGAGAGGGGGGAAAAAAGUCAGGAUUGAGACUGUAGAGUAGAACAAGAAUUGAGAGAGAACGUCAUUGAGAGAGAGGGAACAUCAUUGAGAGAGAGAGAACAUCAUUGAGAGAGAGAGAACAUCAUUGAGAGAGAGAGAACAUCAUUGAGAGAGAGAACAUCAUUCGUCAGGUGUUGUGUUGUUCUUUCCUGACAAAGUGGCCAGAAUUCUUAUCACAGUCGUAGCAAGCUAGUGUAACACUCCAUCUGAAGAGUUUGAAGAGUGGCUACCGAGUGUUAUGGCAUGCUGGGUACCCUGGUGUCCACAGUGCUUCCCUACUGGCGGACAUCUGCCCACAUCGGGCCCAACAUCGUCACUGCCGUGACCAAUAUGAAGGGCCUCUGGAUGGAGUGUGUCUACCAGAGCACUGGAACCUUCCAGUGUGAGACCUACAACUCCAUGCUGGCCUUACCCUCAGACCUCCAGGCCUCCCGGGCCCUGAUGGUGGUCUCCGUGGUCUUUUCCGUCCUGGCCAUCGCCAUCUCCACCGUGGGCAUGCAGUGUACCAUCUGCAUGGAGGGCUCCGCGGCUAAAGGCCGAGUGGCCGGUACUGGGGGAGGCCUCUUCCUCACCGCGGGGUUCCUGGCUCUGAUCCCAGUGUCGUGGACCACCCACGAGGUUGUCCAGACCUUCUACCAAGCCAACCUGCACAGCAGCCUGAAGUACGAGCUGGGGGAAUGUCUGUACGUGGGGCUAGCCGCCGCCCUGCUCUCCAUGCUGGGCGGGGGGCUGCUGUGUUUCUCCUGCUGUGAGAAGGCGGAUGGGGGGCGCCGUGGAGGGAGGAGGCACGGCGGAGGGUACCCCUACCCAGCCCCGGGCAUGGGGGUAGCCACUGGGAGGGCCAGGACCAGCUCACAGACCUAUAGGAACCCAACGCUACAGAUGGGGGUGAACGCUGCCACCAAGGCAGCGACCCUGGCAAGGAGUCACACCAGCACUACUACCCAGUCCAGCACUCCCGCCCAGGGGGCCAAGAAAGACCAACGUCGCAACCCUGCGGUGGGCUACGAUGUCACCGGGUACGUCUGAUCGUGUCCAGGCCAAUGUUAACAUUCACACACACAUCACGCUGUCUCUUCUAUACAGUAUGUGGUGCAGAGAAUGACCACCCCGACAACGUGCUAAGGUAACUGAAUGUGUUAUCUUUCACAAUUAACUGAUCAGGGGACUUUUAGUGCCACACUACUGUAUAGGAAGACUUUUGCUCCUCACAAUGGAAAUCAGAGAGACUUGUAGUGCCUGACCAUGCAUACAGCACUGUAGUGACCGAACGAACUGAGUAUAUUUUAUAGAUCUUUUGGUAGAUUUACUAUUGAAAAUGGAUUUAUUGCAGUAACAUCUGUCUUGAGGUGAUUACUCGGAAGUGUUCGCCACAUCUGGAGAUAAGGGGUCUUGGAAGUCAACACACACUCAGUAAUCACACACAGCUAAUGUAUAUGUGGAACCAGGUUGUAGUAACAUUUCUCAUUUUGGAAAUGAAUGGGUUUUAACAUGAAUUCGGCGUUGUUUCCAAGAAGCCACUGUCUCUGUUUUAGUUCAAUAUAUUUUUUUUCAAUUGCAAUGCUGUGCCAGCCUCUUCAGUAAAGGUCCACUGGGUCACCAACAACGAUACUGUAUCACUCAACCAAAUAGGUUUUUUAGGACACACUUUAUUUUAUGCCUUUUCACCCUAGAGUCGAUGUCCGCGGCUACGCGGGAAAUCGAAAAUGGGCAUAAUUAAAAAAAUCCCCGUCAAAAUCCGUCUGUUUCAGCUAGAGGUAUCUGCGUGGACUGCGUGUCAAGCCAGCGCAUCCCGCCGAUGUCGACCGUCUACAUCUGCAGCGGAAGGUGGCCUGAACUACAGCGGUGGUUGUCCAGACCAUGAGACAUCCCGAAAAUCAGUGUUCUAACGAAAACAUAUGUAGUGACUCUCACAAACACGAUGGUGUUCUCCGGUUUAGCGCUUACAACCCCCACAAGCGCCUUGGGACUUGUCUGAAGUCGGUACCACCAAUCUGCCGACGUCUGUUUGUAACGUCCCAACAGUUUGGGCUGCACACUAAUAUGACCCCUCUAUUUUUUUUGCUCUACGACCCCCACAAGCCUCGUCUGAAGGUAGCCCGGUACCAGUUGAAAAACAUGUAUGGAAGUAUGUAAUGGUAUCUUAGUGCCCCAGAAAAUGUGUUAAAUAUUGCAAAAAAAUAUACGUAUGUACAAUCAUUUCCUGAUCUAUCUUAUAUCUCAGAUACAGGACAGACACUAUAAAACAAAUGUCCUUUUGAUAUUUUUUUUCUGUUUUUCCAUGUAUGAAUCUGUUAUUCAAUGCAUUUCUAUGGGCUAAUAGCAGCAAAGCCAAAUUCAAUGUUUCAUAAAAAAAGAUAAAAUAAAUAUGUUAUUAUACCUAGAAUUCAAAAUCAAAUAGCUAAAUGAUCCAUGGUAUGACCAUCUUAAAGCAAUUCCAUGUUAGCUUAGUAGAACCCCCCCCCUAGACUCUUGUGAAUUAAAAUCAUUGACAAAUGUUCAUUAUCAAUUACUAUGUUAGCUAAUCUCCUCUACAUGUUCCUUUUGAUUGAUAAUCAUUCAUGUGAAAGUUGAAAUGCUUUCUUCUGUUUUGCAGAAUGUUUCAUGUGAUUUAACACUACUGAUUGUUUUGUUGUUUCAUAGUUUUUUCAUAUUAAGACCUGUUUACAAAUAAUUGCAACACUUUCUCAACAGAACUUCUAUUUUCCAAAGAUAUUUUGCAGUCAAAAUAGUAAAGAAAAAAGCAAGUGAUUUAACUAAAUAAAAUAUAUUUUGAUCUUCAUUA